AUGAUUAAAACUAUUUUGUUUGUCCUAAUAAUCGCUCUCUCCCUGACUCCGUGCACUUUCUCGAAGUACACCCCGCAGAAGGAUUGUCUUCCCUCUCCGGUGGGAAAAAGGCACUUGCGUCAAAUAAAACCGCACAUGAACAUUUUAACAAAAAUUAAAAACUACACCGUCAAGGCGAUCUACAAAACGAAGUUGCUCACCUACGUGAACGACAUAAACAACCUAAACCUUCGGAACGAGAAAAAUGAAUUUUACUUAAUCGCCCUACCCCUCAGCGAUAAGUUCAACCCCUUUGUCGGUACCUUUUGCCACAACAACAUUCAGUACAGCGACAAGGUUUCCCUCCCUGUGUUCAUAUACGACAUUCUCAUAAACAAACAUAUCGAAGUGCCCUGGAAUUUCGUGAUCGAAAAAGUCGACAUAAAAAAAACACCCUUUUACAAAAAUGUACGCAUGUCCGAUACGAAUGCUUUCUCCACCUAUCCAAACAUUAACAAAUUAGACAGAGUAUUUAUCAACGUAUUAGAUUUCAAGGCCAAGAAAAACUUCAUUUUCUUGCCCACGUGGAUCAUGCAAUCAUUACAGCUUGACUGCUUUGAUGUCGUGCGGCUACGAUUUACUAAACUGGAGACUGCGUCUAGCGUUGUCCUACAACCCCAUCAUAAGAAUUUUUUCAAUUUGAGUGAUCCAAAGAAAACACUGGAAGAGAAACUGCGAUACUAUUCCUGCUUGACUAAGAACAGUACGAUCUCCAUAAAACACGACGACUCCGAGUACCACUUUGACGUGAUUAAGAUGGAUGCAGGAAAAAAGAAAGAUGUCGAAGUAGCUUCCAUCCAAGAUGCAGAUGUAAUAUUUGACUUCGUAAAGGAAAAAUACGACAAAUGA